GUGCUCGGGUCACCACGGAUGUGGUGUGUGCAAGUUAACUUAGGGCACCCAGCUUUGCGUUCAAACCCUCAAAAAUCUGUGACAGGUUUUGUCGUGUUGGUUUUUCUUAACUCGCUAGUUGUAGGCGAGGCGAGGUAUGCUGCCUGAUAUAUCUGAGAGAAUGAGUUGCUGGUUUAAACAGAGCAACUGGUUGAGAUGAGAAACUAGGGUUUCAGUUCUACAGUUAACUGCAGAUGAUCUGAGUAAACCUGAAGAUCUCAUUCUGCAGGACAGAAGCUGCUCUCUUUCCUGUGUGAGGGGGGUGUUAAGUGAGAAUAUAAACACGUGAGGCUGAGGGAAAUCCAGAGAAGGUGCUGCUGGGUUGCCUGCUAGGUGAAGCAGAUGGUCCCAAUGCUGCAAGCUUGUACAGCUGUGUGCAUCUUAGAUCUGUUCAGGAUGUGCAUAGAAAUGGAAGGCAGAUGAACAAAACAUGGGUGGAUUUUGAUCAACGUGAGCUUAAUACAGCUUAAAAAAAGAUAGUUGUACAGAAAAAGUAGUAAUAGUUGUGGCCAUCUACAUAAAGCAGAUAACUAUGUAUAACUCUUCAUUUAUUUUUCCUUCAAGCAGCUCUGCAAAAGAUGGAUUUCUGUACAAAAUCAGACACAGAAAACACAGUUUUGGCAUGUUAGAGAUUACUGGCAACCCAGCAGCAUCUUUUAUUUCUCUCAGCCUCACGUGUUUAUUCAACUUAGACCUACAUUUUCAGUUCCUGCAAAUGGAACAGCCAUUUUCAUUUAAAACACGAUUAUUAAAACCUUAACUGAAUAUUCCUCAUAAGUUUUGUACUGCCUCAUGCUAAAAAUAUGAAGAAUAGUUUGGAAUUAAAUAUUAUUAUUCCUUUCAGUACUCAUGAAAGUCUUGUGACAAAACAGGCUUCUAGAAGGGAUUGAGUAUUUGAAUAAAAGAAGCGAUGUGGACAUAAAACUGCAAAAGCUUUCAGGAAUGCUUAGGAGGCAGAGUAUCAACAUGGGCUGGUUACCUUCACCUAAGGUCCCUUUGAAUCCAAACCUGUGGAUUCAGAUCCGCUUACCUGCUCAAAGAUUCAGAAAUGAGGUGAUUGAAGUCAAAACACAUGUUCAGAGUGGAAUUCUGCAAGCUUCCCUUAGCUUUCGACUGGCAAGAACUCUGCAAACAGGCACUGGGAAAACUGGCUUUCAGUUUGACUUUGGCAUAUUGUUGUUUGGCUCUUGCACAUUAGUUAUGUGUUCAAAUUUACCGUAAAUAAUGACUAGAAACCUAACCUGCAACUAGACUGUUGAAGUAACUUCUGGAAGGGUUUAUUUCCUUCUCUUUCCCCCACCCCCUUAAGAUUUUUUUGUCUUUUGGGAUUUGUUUGCAAUCUGCUAGCUGAAGCUCUGAGGCAAGUUUGCCAGAUCUGGGGCUGCAUCAUCAUUCUGCACAUCUGGAAGUGGUUUAUGGGCUCUCAUUCCUCCAGUGCGGCGUCUGGACUCUGUGCUAUUCCUCAGCAGCAGAGGAAGAAAAGAAAACCAGCACAACUCCAAAGUAAACUUUGAAGAGUUUGAAAAAGGAAUUGAAUCUUAAAACUGUUACUGUGCCCUGUAAGGCCCUUGCGUGGGGGACUUCAAAGGAGGAUGAUGGUCAAGGAAGCUUUGGCAAGAGUGCUUACAGCUGUGGGUUAUCUAGGAUCCAAGUAAAUAGCUCUACAGCUCUUCAGGAGAGAGGAGUCCCGAAUACUGUGCUGCUUUGAAGAGAUCACAAUUCUCGUCCAACAGGACACAUGGCUCUUUUAAAGAAAAUUAACCAGAUCUUACUGUUACUUCUUGUCUUAACUGUGUGUGCCAUUCUGUAUAACAAAGUUCACCAAGUGCCAUCCGCAUUAAAGAACGAAACAGUUGAUUUGGAGAGUCCUGAGGAAAUGGAAGAAGAAAUUCCAGUCGUAAUCUGUGCUGCUGCGGGCAGAAUGGGUGCAGCUAUAGCAGCAAUCAGUAGCAUCUACAGCAACACAGAGGCUAAUGUUUUGUUCUACAUAGUUGGGCUGAAGACUACCAUCCCGCAUAUUCGAAAAUGGAUUGAAAAUUCUAAACUCAAAGAAAUAAAAUUUAAGGUUGUGGAAUUCAACCCUAUGGUAUUAAAAGGAAAAAUCAGACAAGAUGCGUCGCGUCCUGAGCUACUGCAGCCUCUGAACUUCGUUCGAUUUUAUCUUCCUUUGCUUAUCCAGAAACAUGAGAAAGUAAUAUAUUUGGACGAUGAUAUCAUUGUUCAAGGUGACAUCCAGGAACUCUAUGAUACUAAGUUAGCACCUGGACAUGCUGCAGCUUUUUCAGAUGAUUGUGACCUGCCUUCUACACAUGAAAUGGUUAGAAGUGUAGGGAUGCAGAACACGUACAUGGGAUUCCUGGACUACAGAAAGCAAGCAAUUAGAGAUCUUGGCAUCAGCCCCAGCACCUGUUCCUUUAAUCCUGGAGUAAUUGUGGCUAACAUGACUGAAUGGAAACAUCAACGGAUUACAAAGCAGUUGGAAAAGUGGAUGCAAAGAAAUGUAGAGGAAAACCUCUACAGCAGCACCCUUGGGGGAGGCGUGGCAACCUCUCCAAUGCUGAUUGUAUUUCACGGAAAGUAUUCCGCUAUUAAUCCGAUGUGGCACAUAAGGCAUCUUGGUUGGAGUCCCGAUACCCGUUACUCAGAGCAUUUUCUUCAAGAAGCUAAAUUACUUCAUUGGAAUGGGAGAUAUAAACCUUGGGACUAUCCCAGCGUUCACACUGAUCUCUGGGAAAACUGGUUUAUUCCUGACCCUUCAGGGAAGUUCAAAUUAACUCGUCCCGAUAGCUGAUACUGAAAACACUUAAAUGCAUCGAUACACUAUGUUUUGCAGUAUGUAUUAGUUUGAGAUGCAACAUGUUGUACAAUUAACAGAUUUUAGAAAAUGAAGUCUUUGUUAAAUAUAUGAAUAAAUGACAAUCAGUUUUGUGUGCUUAUAGCUGGAGAGGGAGGCUGGAGUGACCGUGACACAGUUCAGGUUAUCUCAACUUACACGUGAGGUGAGGAAACAGGUUUGCUUGACAAUGAAGUAUUAUUUUCAUUAAACAUUUGUAGAAGUGAAAUUCAGCACCAGACAGUGUGGUUUAAUGGAAAGUCUUUAUAAAUAAGACUCCAAUGCCUGCUGGUAGAAAAAUCCACACAGGAAAUACUUGCAGUAUUACAUACAAGGUGUCUCUAGUUGUCUAGCCCACAGUGAACAGCCUGAAAUGAAAACUUAUG